AGAGCGAAGAGUGAGAGGGACAGAGUGAGGAGCCGGGGAGGGAGAACGAGAGGUGACGGCUCGGACCAGCUGUGCUGCUCCCUCCUCUCCUGUGUUCCUGUAGUCAGCCAGUACUGCUCACAUCGGUACAGCAUGACGGAGCCGCAGUCCGCGCUCCUGCUGCGGAGGCAGCUCGCAGAACUAAAUAAAAACCCAGUAGAAGGCUUCUCAGCAGGUUUAAUAGAUGACAAUGACCUAUACCGGUGGGAAGUUCUUAUUAUUGGUCCUCCAGACACACUAUAUGAGGGUGGUGUAUUCAAAGCACAUCUUACUUUUCCAAGGGAUUAUCCCCUACGGCCGCCUAAAAUGAAAUUUAUAACCGAAAUCUGGCACCCGAAUGUUGAUAAGAAUGGCGAUGUGUGUAUUUCUAUUCUUCACGAGCCUGGAGAGGAUAAAUAUGGCUAUGAAAAACCAGAAGAGCGCUGGCUUCCUAUUCAUACAGUGGAAACUAUAAUGAUCAGUGUCAUUUCUAUGCUAGCAGAUCCUAAUGGAGACUCCCCAGCCAAUGUAGAUGCAGCAAAAGAGUGGAGAGAAGAUCGUCAUGGAGAAUUUAAGAGGAAAGUUGCCCGCUGUGUAAGAAAAAGCCAAGAGACUGCUUUUGAGUGACAUUUAUGCAGCAGCUAGUAGCUUCACAAUUUCAGGGUCUCCAUUUGAGAAACAAGGCACUGUUUUUCCUGCACUCUACCCACCUUUUGCUGGACUUUUUGUUGUAAUUAGUUGGCAAGCACUGGCUGGCACCGGGGUUGCAAUAAAACAUGCCAGUUAUCAAUGCUGACAAGAGCCUAAAAAGUGCCAACUUGAAGGUGAUUUUCGCAUUUCAAAAAUCUAACGAACUGCUUUAAACUUCAGGAAGAAUUGUACAGACCUGUACAUAGCACAACAUGAUCCGGAUAAUAUAUAUAAUGUUCAUGUACAUCCAUAACUACACAUUGUACCAAAUAAUGCUUUCUUGUUAGGAAACCAAUAGUGUAACGUCUGAGAAUGCAAACGGAACAAGAAAUGAAGGAAGAGUGUUUGUACUCGGGGUUUGCCAGUCUUCUGUUCAGCCUAUUUGCCAGAUUUAUGUUUUUCACCCCCCUUCUAGAUUGUAAAAAAAAAAAGUGAGCAGAAGGGACCGUAUUUGAGCAGUGCAGGUGCCCGCUACCCUCCUGGCAAGUGCUCAUGAAGUCUUUCAAAUGUAUCUUUCUUAUGCUCUCCAAACUGAAAUAGUUCUUUCUAUGCAGAAAAGCCCUUUGGUGGUCUUGUAGAUAAAACUGUAAAUGUUGGUUUUAAUUUUUCUGUGCAGCAGGAUUUUAGAAUUCCCCUUCCAAAUGUUCGCCCAUCUUACUGACUUUUGGCAUCACAAGCUAAUGACUAAUGUCCUGAAAUAUUUGGUGGUCACUGCAGGAGUUUGGUUACUUUUUUUUUUUUUUUUUUUUUUUUUUUUUUUUUUUGAUAAUAAUCCAUAUUUAACCCCUAAGGGGAGUAUGGUAACGAAACUUCUGAAGUGCCUCAUCUCCCAGCAAAUGUUAGGUGAACCCCUGGUAAACAAAUGCUGCUCAUCCUGGAUGUUCCAAGACAUUUGCUCCAAUCAUCCUAAAACCCUGCUGCUUUUAAUAAAGCAUCCCGUGAAUUCGUCGGUCGCAUUUUCUGUACAAUACUUUUCCUUAACUGCCUGGUCUUUAACUUGAAAGAAGAAAGCAUGCAUACGUGUCAGUUUAUUAAAUUAUCUUCAGGGUUUGACAUAAUGUUGCAUUUUCUCGUAAUUUUUUAUUUUUUUUUCCCCACCCCCACACUUCUCAUGUGACUUUUUCCACCUCAGCGCUCUGAUCAUUCUUUCUUUUUCAACAGUUUUUGCUCACCCAUUGUACAAAGAGAAAAUUGCGAUGUAUAUUUUCAUGUAAUUUGAUUUUGGAAAUCUGUCACCUACUGUAGUGCGUUCUUCCAAAAUAUAAUUUUUUUCCAAUAA